AUGAGCGAUGAAAGUCGGCAAAUAUGCUUCUUUGUGACUAUUACAUAUGGUAAAGACAUUGUAACAGAGAGAAUUAUUAACAACAAGGAAGUUCUACGCAUGACUAGACUAACAAAUACAUUAAAUGAUAUGCUGGAGAAGAAAGGCCUUACAUGUCCAUGGCCACCCACAUCUGUUGAUCUUACAACUGAUGCAGUAAGAUCAGUGGUUCCAGCAGUCCUGUUUAACUUUUUAGCCUGGGCUGUUGGGGCAUCUGAGGAUCCUCUCAGAUAG